UUUCUUUACAUUGGGUUUUAACAAAAAAACGUUUUUGUAAGUUUAAAUGGAUAUUGCUGUUUUUUUCGUGAUAGUAUUUAUAAAAAAUUAUAUUGUAACAAACCCUGAAACCCUUGUACUCACACGGCCGGUGCGCGCGCUCCUCAGGUGGGUCCAUACGAGAGCACGCACAAGCUGAGCAUGUUUGCUCACCCCGUGCGUCACACAAAUUUACAUCGUUUGGACGAUAUUCUGAGCACGUGCGAAUAUUCGCGACGCACGGCGAACGCGAUCCAAUUGUCGUCGGUAAAUUCUAAUUGCUCAAAGACUUAAUUGUCGGACACAUUGUUCCGUUUGGACGGAAAAAGUUGACCUGCGCAACAUUUAUGCGUGCUACUGUGUUAACUACUUAAACUUAGUUUUUUUAAUUAAAUUUUUUUUACAAAAUAAGUAAAUUAAUGAAGUGGUGCAACGAUAAAUGCAUUCAGUUGAUUCAUGAGUAUCAACAAGAAGAAGUGUUGUGGAACCCAAAACAUGUAUUUUAUUUUUCAAAAACAAAAAAACAAGAUGCGUGGGAAAAAAUUUCGGAAAAAUUAAAUAAAAGUUCCGAAGAAAUUAAAAAACAAGCGUUGAGCUUAUUAAGAUCUUUUCGCCGAGAAAAGGCAAAAGGGAAGAAGACCAUGGGGACUGGUACAGGACGAAAAGACGUUUAUACUUCAAAGUGGUUUGCCUUUGAGGCUUUUCAGUUUUUGUUAGACCGAGAUGAUUUUCGGCCAACUCUUAAUACAGAUAACGAAGAUGUUUUAAACGAGUCAGAAAUGAUGCUUGACGUUGAUAACGAAAGCUUAUCAGAAUGUGAGUCAAUUCAACAAGCACAUGAAAUUGACUCAGAAUCGUUCUCUAUUCUUGUACAACCGCCAAAUAAAAGAAAAAAAAACAGAUAUCGGAUAAAUGCAUAGAGGAAGCUAUUGAAAUUUUAAAACGACCUUAUCCAACUCUCACUACACCUGAUGAAUGGUCAGUUUAUGGGCAGCAUCUUGAAAAUAAACUUCGCAAAUAUACCCCACACACAAGUUCCAUUUUCCAACAUUAUUUUAAUAACAUAUUGUUUGAAGCCGACAUGGGAAAAUAUGACAUGGAUAAUCGCCAUAA